AUGUCCCUGAAUUCCGAUAUCCAGGAGACGCCCCCCGAUAGCUUCUCCUAUUUUACCUCCGAAAUGUUCCGACCCCCUAUCAACCGCGCAAUGCGCGUACUUGACCGGUCAUUCUUCAAAAAAACCGUACCCCUCUCCGCCGCAACGGUUCUAGAAAACAAAAACAUAUCUAGCAUAAAAAAUCUGUUAGUAAAGAGCAAUGAUGUCUUGACUUUACCCAGAAUUCUGCCCAUUAGAAAGCCGCAGACAAUCAAAAGUGAGGCGGAUGAAGGAAGGAAGUGCUUAUUAUUAAGAGAGGACAUCAAGUCUGACGAUGCUUCCACGUGGUCACAUACUAUUAAAGAACUAGUCGACGCAAAAUCUGUGGAAGUAAACCCGUUCGACCUACACUUAGACUAUGACUAUUGGACUUACCCGGAAAUAAUAUCUUCCAUACUUCCUGAAGCCGACGCUGGCGAGGCUCCUGUUGGAUUUUCGCAAGUUGGUCACAUUGCGCAUCUGAACCUCCGAGACCAAUUUUUACCCUAUAGGCACCUAAUAGCGGAGAUAUUAAAGGACAAAAACAGCAAUGUCAGAACCGUAAUUAACAAAAUCGACGAUGUGGGAGCAACAAGCGAGUUCCGAACCUUCGCCUUCGAGGUUCUAGCUGGUGAGAACGACACAAAUGUGAUUGCGCACGAGCAAGACUGCGAGUUUUCGUUUGAUUUUGCCAAGGUAUAUUGGAACAGCCGACUUAGUACAGAACAUACUCGACUGGUGGAAACCUUUAAAGAAGGAGAGGCAGUGUGUGACGUUAUGGCUGGUGUUGGUCCAUUCGCUAUGCCCGCCGGUAAGAAACGUGUGUUUGUCUGGGCUAACGAUCUUAACCCCCAUGGAUACGAAAGAAUGGUUCACGGCAUCAAGAAAAAUAAAGUCCACGGGUUUGUCAAGCCGUUUAAUAUGAAUGGAAGAGAUUUUGUAAAGUACGCUGCGAAGGAGUUGUCUGAAAACGAACCCGCAACAGUAACAAUUAAGCCAAAAGUCUCUCGCAACACACAAGGAAGGAGGACGUCAGCAUCCCCAGGUCGAAGUACGCCUCCACCCCAAGUUUACACUUCUCCUAUCACUUUCGAUCACUAUGUCAUGAACCUCCCUGCUUCAGCGAUAACGUUCCUCGACUGCUUCAUUGGCGUCUACGCUGGUAAAGAGCAGCUUUUCACACCUCACACUAAUCGCCGCCUACCUCUUGUUCAUGUGUAUUGUUUCUCAACGAAUAGCGAUGAUGGAGAGUUUGAAAAGAAGGAAAUCUGCGAACGGAUUUCAAAACAAAUCGGAUUUACCGUCACUCCUGAGGACUGUGAGGGCGGCUCAGGGAACCCGGAGAGGGAAAUGGACAUAAAAAAUGUAAGGCUGGUGUCGCCAAAUAAGAGGAUGUUCUGCGCGAGCUUUAGGCUACCGCCUGAGGUCGCAUUUAAGCCUGACCAAUCCUAG